AGCAUCAGAACGAUCCGCUUGGUUUUCCUCCUUACGCUGACCCUUGAAUCCACAAAGUAUGCCUUGCCGUCGUCAGCCUGGGACCAGUCCUGCCAGCCACUUACGAACGAAGUCAAAAUGAUGGACGUCGUUGAUCUUAUAGCCAGCGUGUGGGCGCCAAAAGUGAACUUCACUUUGACGGUCAGUCUGCGCUUCGACACCUUCACCCACCUACGCAUAGCUGAUUUAGGCCAUGGUGAUGUCGAUCUUAUGCUCUCAUACGACCACGCGUCUGGCUAUUACGAAAGAGAGUGCAGAGACUUCUUCCAGCACGACCCGAGAGGUACGUCCGCUGUUUACUUCGGUGGCGGUGGCUGUAUGUUCGCACCGAAGCAUGGCACCCACAGCGUGGUGUCAUUCGAAACUCCCGACACAUUACGACACAAGAUGGUCGCCGCCUACCGCCACUUGGGCUACAGUCGAACCCGGGAGUACAUCAUUGGCUGGAGUGUUUUCAACGUCUCUCAAGGUCUCGCGCCUCAGCAGUGCAACGGGACCGACAAUAGGAUCAAUCAAAUCCGCGAAGUGCUCGACGACAACUGGUGACAGGCCUCCGGUGAAUCCAUGGGUCUGCGCGGGGAUAUUGUCUACCACAUAGGCUGCAAUCAACAUACUGAAGGAGGGCAAAUUUUUCGAAAGUGGCCCCCUCACGAAUGUCAUGGCUGUCAAAACUUGUUUCGCUUCGUAAAACACUGUUCUUGUUUAAAGUGCGAAUGACUUGCUGUUUUAGGUCGGAGGGUGGACGUUGAUGUAUGUGAAAUUGAGCGCCAGUAGCCAUAUAUUGUUAAGACGCAAAUCGUACUAAGAAAGUCG